ACACUGCUCUCUUCCGCCGAGGACCUUGUCGUCAGCUGUCGGGUUGGAGCCACCGGCGGCCGGAGCAGGGAAGUCGGAGGCUCCGCAGGACACCGAGUGAUGCUGGAGGCCCGCCCGCCCGCCGGCCGGCCGAGGGGAUCAGAGCGCAGGGGAAUCAGGCGCUGAGUCCGGGACCAGGGCAGGGUCGAGGCCUUGACGGAGUCUGAGCGAGCAGAGCGCGGGAACCAUGGAGCCGGGCCGGAGCACAGUGCCGCUCUUGAUCCUAGUCCUGGUUCUGCUGAGCUCCCCGUGCAGAGCUGAGGACCCUCACCCAGACGACGCGUGGACAGAUUUCUGGGUGGUGCGUUUUGUCAUUAACCUGGCAGGUUAUGCCACCAUCCUUCUCCCCGGCUACCUGCUAGUGCAGUACUUCAAACGCACAAACUACCUAGAGAGAGGUCGAGGCUUCUGUUUCCCAGUGAUAAGUGCCUGUGUGUUUGGCAGUGAAGUGAAGACUUUGGUACAGGAUGAACACUCCCUGACUUCUCAAACGGAGGCUGCAGAGUCAUCUCCCACCAAACAGACGUUAAAGUUGCUGGCCUGUGCCCUCGGACUGCAGGUGUCCUAUCUGACGUGGGGUGUGCUUCAGGAGCGUGUGAUGACCCGCACCUAUGGGAAGACAGACACCGACCCCGGGGUGAAGUUCCGCGACUCCCAGUUCCUGGUCUUCAUGAACCGUAUCCUGGCAGUGAUGGUGGCUGGCCUUAGCUGUGCCCUGACCAAGCAGCCCCGCUCCCACGGUGCACCCAUGUACAAGUAUUCCUUUGCCUCGCUCUCCAAUAUCCUGAGCAGCUGGUGCCAAUACGAGGCCCUCAAGUUCAUCAGCUUCCCCACCCAGGUGCUGGCCAAGGCUUCCAAGGUCAUCCCUGUCAUGCUGAUGGGCAAACUGGUGUCUCGCAAGAGCUAUGAGUACUGGGAGUACCUGACGGCUGUUCUCAUCUCGGCCGGAGUCAGCAUGUUUCUGCUGUCCAGCAACCAUGACAAGCGGCCGUCCACCGUUACUACCUUCUCGGGUGUGGUCAUCCUUGCUGGCUACAUCCUCUUCGACAGCUUCACCUCCAACUGGCAGGAUGCCCUUUUUGCCUAUAAGAUGUCCCCAGUGCAGAUGAUGUUCGGGGUCAACCUUUUCUCCUGCCUCUUCACGGUGGGCUCGCUGCUGGAGCAGGGGGCCUUCUUCCAGUCACUAGCCUUCAUGUCGCAGCACCUGGAGUUUGGCGUGCACGCUGCGUUGCUAUCUAUCUGCUCUGCCUGUGGCCAGCUGUUCAUCUUCUACACAAUCCGCCAGUUUGGGGCGGCUGCCUUCACCAUCAUCAUGACCCUGCGCCAGGCCUUUGCCAUCCUGCUCUCCUGCCUCCUCUACGGCCACUCUGUCACCCUGUUGGGUGCUCUGGGCAUCAUCACCGUCUUCUUUGCCCUCUUCCUCCGUGUCUAUGCCCGCAGCCGUGUCAAGGCAAAGAAGAGACUGGCACAGGCUGUUCCAGCAGUACAGAGGGUGUAGGCUGGCCAGUCACGGACAGGGCAAGGCUGACGGGUCUGCCGCAGGUGCCAAGCCUGGGGGUGGGGGUGGGGAGUAGGGGAGGGGAGACCCAGGGAAUGCACAGAUGUUAGGACCUCCAUCACAUGGGCUGGGAGACUGUCCAUAGUUCGGGUCACUGCACCUUUCCUCAACUGAGGCCAGAGAACGGCGUGGGUUUGUAUCUGUCUGCAGUGGGAGCGGGUAUGUGUGUCAGCUGUGAGUAAUGUAUACACGCAGGCUAUUUCUCUGGAUAUCGUGUGUGUGUGGUAUGUCUAGACAGGUGGUUGUGUGUACAGCUUUGCGUCAUGCUGUAUACGAUGUGUGUUCUGUGUGUGUAGGUUGUGUAUGCGAGUAUGGACUGUGUGUAUGUGUUUGCGCUGAUGCCUGGGCUGCAUGUAUACAGCAUGCAACCAUAUAUUUGUGAGUUCUGCUGAUGCAUGUACAGUGACCAGGCCACAGUUGAGGUCGAGUGGUUGUCCCUUCUGGACUGUGCCCGCACAGGACCUGCCCCGUCUGUAUCCACUCCCAACCUCUUCUCCCUUCCCCGGCACAACUAGCUGCUCACUCCAUCUGGAAGGCCUGGCCCAUUCCAGGUGCACGGCACUCCAUGUAGUUUUACUAGGGCUUUCUGAAGCCUAUUUUAUAUACUGUCCUUGUAUACACAGACUGGCAUUACACAGUGUGUGUUUUUAUACCUGACUGCUUUCAAUUUACGGUGAUGGGCACUGGACCUCUGCUGUUGGAAGUGGCCCCAUUUCCCCUUCUAUGUACCUGGGUGCGGAGCUAGUAUCUGUCUGCAGAGCUGGCGAGUUGAUUAUCACUAAUAAAAUAUUUUGGGUGA